CUAAAAGCGAGACUUCAUAAAUGAAAACUGAAUUAAGAAAACUUGAAAUUGGAUUUUUAUUUAAGAAUUUAAGUGAAACUUAUUUUUUUUCUAAUUUACUGCGAAUUCAAAAUUUAAUUAAAGACUCAGAAAAACAGACGUUUUAAGAAAAUGCCCUCGUCUUAUAAUUUUUGGGAUAGGGACAAAUCGAGCGCAAAGGAAAAGAGCGCAGAAAUAAACGGCACUGCAGUGUCUGUCAACGACAGUGUUGACGACUUGGAUAAAAAGAAUUCGGUUGAGGAGGAACGUGGAGAAUGGGGGAGCAAGUGGGAGUUUAUUUUAUCCUGUGUGGGGCUCUCGGUGGGGUUAGGAAACGUAUGGAGAUUUCCUUACCUGGCUUAUCAGUAUGGUGGUGCUGCCUUUCUAAUCGCAUACCUGAUCCUACAGAUCUUAAUUGGUAAGCCUAUGUACAUGAUGGAGCUAGUCAUGGGACAGUAUUCAGGGAAAGGACCCACCGCAGUUUGGGCAAUGAACCCGAGUGCUAAAGGAAUUGGCAUAUCCAUGGCUUUGAUUUCGCUAGUUGUGGCAAUAUAUUACAAUGUUAUCAUGGCAUACACGCUCUAUUAUUUCUUCUCAUCAAUGCAGAAAGUGUUGCCUUGGACUACCUGUAAAGAUGAAUGGCUACCACUUGGUUGCACAGAACAAACAGAGAAAAAGCUUGGUGAAUGUACGGGAAAUGCUACUGUUGAUAUUUUAUCAAAGUGUAUGUGCACGGCUAACUACAGCGUCAACUACCUGCUGGAACAAAAUAACGUUACGUGUACGAAUACAACUAACGUUGCAGUGGCGGAACUAUUUUUCGAAAAGACCGUGAUUCAGAAAGCUCCGGGUAUCGAGCCCGAGCAUGUCGGAGCCCCUAUCUGGCAGCUGGCCCUGUGUCUUCUGCUCUCUUGGAUGAUCGUAGUAGCAUGCCUCAUAAAAGGUGUCAAAUCUUCUGGAAAGGUGGUGUAUUUUACAGCUACUUUCCCCUAUGUGAUAUUGUUAAUUUUGUUGGUCCGAGGGUGUCUGCUAGAUGGCGCCAUCGAUGGUGUCAAAUAUUUCAUCAUACCCGACUGGAAUAAACUGCUAGAGCUCGAGGUGUGGGUGGCAGCUGCUGGACAGAUGUUCUUUUCUCUCAGUGUAUCUUUCGGCGGUAUUCUCAUGUUUGGAAGUUAUAACAAAUUCAACAAUAAUGUAUACGGCGACGCCUUAUUAAUUAGUAUAAUGGAUGUGGUUACCAGUAUCAUCGCAGGUUUCGUCAUCUUCACCACAUUUGGUGGUAUGGCUAAGAAGAUCGGCGUCGACGUUCAGGACGUCGCUAAAGGAGGAUAUGGUCUUGCAUUUGUUGCCUACCCCGAGGCUUUAUCAAAUCUACCUCCUCCCCAGUUAUGGUCCGUUCUCUUCUUCUUCAUGUUGUUCACACUGGGAUUGGACAGUGAGUUCGCACUACUGGAAACUGUGAUGACAUGUAUACAAGACGAAUACCCACAUCUUAGGAAAUACAAAAGUUACAUGUGUGUUGGAUUCGGCGUGGUCCUGUAUUUCUGUGCCCUUCCAUGUGUCACACCUGCUGGUGAUUAUAUAGUAUCAUUAAUGGACCAUUACGGAGCUGAUUUUUCCGUCUUGUUUGUCGCAACUUGUGAAUGUAUUGCCGUCAUGUGGGUUUAUGGUGUAAGACGGUUUUUAAAUGACUGUAGCUAUAUGCUGGGUCAUCCUCCACGACCUGUAAUCUUCUGGGCGGUCUGCUGGACAUUCUUUUCACCUAUCUUGAUUGGGGCAUUAUUCAUCUACAGAAUGAUAGACUAUAAUCCGCCAGAAAUAGCCAAGAACGAGCCAUUCCCAGAGUUUGCCCAGGCCAUCGGCUGGGUCCUCACGUGUAUAGUUUUAUUACCCAUUCCUGUCACAUUCCUUUACAAAUUGUUCACAGCUAAAGGAAGUAUCAAAGAGCGCAUGCGCACUAUAACCACGCCCACUGAAGAAUGGGGACCUAAUGACGGUACAGACAGAAAACCAUUAGAAAACGUGUACGAAAUGGAAAGGAAAUAUGGUUUAGACAAUCCAGGGGCAGUUAACUCUCAUAUUUAAAACGGGUCUUACAUUCCAUUGACUGCUGUUAAUCCAUUUGCUUCGAGUUGUACAUAUAUAGUCAUAUAUUCAUACAGGCCCGUGUGCAGGAUUUGUUUGCUGGGGGGCCCAACCUGGGGUGGGUUCGGGAGGGGUAUCCCCUCCCGACUGCGAUUUUUUUUUUUAAUAUGGCACAUGAAUAGAUGCAUUUUCCUGCUACCUGAAACACCUUUAAGGAUGCAUGAAUGUAUUAUAUAUUUAAGGAAAAGUCUACUUUUUAAUCAUUUCAUCAAUCCUUUUCAGUGUAUGUAUGAUUGUACAGUCACAGUGUAUGGACUUAUUUUUCUGUAUGAUACCCAGUUGAAAAAAAUAUUGAAGUUUUAAGAUGAUUAUUAAGUAGACUAGCUCCUAGACUAUGAUAAUUUUUUCACAUUUUUAUGAUUUCCUGUAGUGAACUGAGCCAGUCUAUAUACUAUGUCCAAUAUUACAAUUUUAACAUCUCUAGAAUAUAAAAAAGAAAAAAAAUCAUAGAAAUAUCGUAAUUAUCAGUGUAGUGGCUAGUCUAAUUAUUAAGGGUAUCCUAUUUACAAAAUGGCCAAAUGUUUUUAUACUUCUUUGACUACAAACUGUAACAUCACAGCACAUAUUAAAUGAUAUUUUUAUGUAUAAAACCCCUCAUAAGUAACGAGUUUUAGAUGCGUUUUGUAAGAUUUACUGAGAAACUACUUUUAAAACUACGAGAGUUUUUAAGUAAGGUUAUUGGACCCAAAAGAGUAAAAUUGAUACAGUAGUUUCAAAUUCAUAAUUGUUGUAAAAUAAAAAGCUAGGAUAAAUAUCUAUCAAUUUAAUAAAUUUGGGGAAUGUGCCUUAAUGUAAAAACAAAAUACAACCAUCAUGUUUCAAUUUUCAAUUCAUUUUAAGAUUUACUUAACAAAACCAACAAUGUUCUGAUCAUUUUAUAACACUUCAAAAGAGUAAAAAACAUAAUUAUAAUAGUUUCUCCACUACCCAAUCAAGUACUGAUCAAGCGAUCAAUGAAGCAUGCACAGAUAAACUUUUACCUGUGACAUGCCUGGGGCCAAUUUCCUCUACCGGACACGGUUUUAUGGCUCUUUAGCCUGUGUAUUGCUGUCAAAUCAAGCCAGUUGUGCUGGUGUAUAAAUUUGUUAAUUGAGGGGCCCAUAGUAAUAAAAAUCGUAACUAGCCAGCCAGCUGGGGGGGCCCGGGCCCCCUGGCCCCCCACCUGGACACGUGCCUGUCAUAGCAUAAUCAGAUAUUGGCAGGCUCCACAAUUUGAUAGUCAAUCCAUUACACAUUUUUUCCAUUUACUUCAAAUUGUACAUAGUCAUUAUACUACGAGGGGUGUUCAAUAAAUACCUUGAAAAGUGCUCUCAUUUCUACAUGUAUCAUCAAAAAUGAAUGAAACUGCUAUAUUAUGUAGAUUAGGGAAUACUGAGUUGAUAUGUUAAAAUUAUAUUUUCUUUGGAUAAAUAGUAAGUAAAUGCUAGUCCCCAUGCCAACGCCCUAUGAUGUCUCUUUUUUCUAGUUUACGUGAGCUAAAACAUUACUUGCCACUUACCUAUUUUAGCAAAAUGGGAUCAGGAAAAAGGUAUAAGAGCAUUUUCCCGGAUAUUUUAACACCCCUCGUAUAUAUUCAUUUUACCAUCACACAGUUACACAAAGAUAAUUUAAUAAUAAAAGUUUUAUACAUGGUGGUAUAUUUUGAUUAUAAAUAUAUAUAUUGUUUUGUUUCUUUUUUAAAGUUUACAACUGUUUUGUUGACCUAGGGCCAAAUAAAUGUUAAGAUUGGGACAAUCUGUGAAGGGUUUUCCUUAUUUACAUACAUAUGCAUGUCAAAGUUUGUCCUCAUAUAUUUUAGAAUCUAGCAUUUUACAAGUAAAAUGACGUUAAUGCUUUAUUGUUCAGUUGAUUCAAUGAAAUUUACACGUUUACAUUUUACAUACUGUUUAAGAUAUCAUAAUAUCAAACGUAAUUUCUGAAACUGACUUUAGGCUAGUAUUACAUGUAUAUGAAAUUAUGCACGAGUGACUUGUGUUGUUCGCUUUCAUAAAUGUAGAAUAAAUAGAUUAUAAAUAUCAUCAAGGAGAUAUGAAUAGCGUAAUUAACAUAUUAGAACUGAAUGCCGAUCUCGUACUAGAAGUUGAAAGAAGAAUAAAAUUUAAAAAAUA